GGUAGGUGCCCUGGCAGCAGCUGGUGCGCCCCUGCUCGGGUGAUCUGGCGCAGAACCCAGGGGGUGCUUGGCGCUCGGCGGGCUCCUCCCCGUUUGUUGCGGCCUCGGAGCUCGGCGUUAUCUUGUGGCCUCCCGCAGAAUGUGGAUGACGCCCAAGAGGAUUAGGAUGGAAGUCGAUGAGGCUCUGGUGUUCCGGCCCGAGUGGACCCAGCGUUACUUAGUGGUGGAGCCUCCGGAGGGCGACGGGGCCCUCUGCCUGGUGUGUCGCCGCCUGGUCGCCUCGACCCGGGAACGCGACGUCCGGCGCCACUACGAGGCAGAACACGAAUUCUACGAACGGUUUGUAGGGGACGAGGAGCGCGCUGCCCUGGUGGAGCGGCUGCGCCAGGGCGACAUGUCGUUGGCGGCGGUGCUCACUCCCGAGGAGAGGGCGACGCGGGCAGGCCUCGGCCUCUGCCGCUUCUUGGCCUUGAAGGGUCGCGGCUGGGGGGAGGGAGACUUUGUACACCAAUGCAUGGAGGUGUUGCUGAGAGAGGUCCUGCCCGACCACGUAGGCGUCCUGGAAGGUAUCGAUCUGUCUCCAGAGAUCACCAGGCAGAGGAUUCUGAGCAUUGACAGCAAUCUGCGUAGCCAGCUGUUCAGCCGAGCCAGGGACUUCAAGGCCUAUUCCCUUGCUUUGGAUGAUCAGGCCUUUGUGGCCUAUGAGAACUACCUCCUGGUUUUUAUCCGUGGCGUAGGCCGCGACCUGGAGGUGCAGGAAGAUCUUCUGACGAUCAUCAACCUGACUCAUCACUUCAGUGUGGGUGCCCUCAUGUCGGCGAUUCUGGAAGCCCUGCAGACAGCGGGGCUCAGCUUACAGCGGAUGGUUGGACUCACCACGACCCACACUUUAAGGAUGAUCGGUGAGAAUUCCGGACUGGUUUCCUACAUGAGAGAGAAGGCUGUCAGCCCCAACUGUUGGAAUGUGAUCCACUAUUCAGGAUUUCUUCACCUGGAACUGUUGAGUUCUUACGAUGUCGAUAUUAAUCAGAUUAUAAAUACCAUAUCCGAAUGGGUGGUUAUGAUUAAGACCAGAGGUGUUCGACGACCCGAGUUUCAGCCUUUACUAACUGAGUCUGAAUCAGAGCAUGGUGAAAGGGUGAAUGGACGGUGUCUGAACAAUUGGCUUAGAAGAGGGAAGACUUUAAAACUAAUAUUUUCACUGCGAAAAGAAAUCGAAGCAUUCUUGGUUUCGGUAGGAGCCACAACAGUCCAUUUCACAGACAAACAGUGGCUUUGUGACUUCGGCUUCUUGGUAGAUAUUAUGGAUUAUCUUCGAGAGAUCAGUGAAGAGUUGCAGAUCAGUAAAGUUUUCGCUGCAGCUGCCUUUGAGCGCAUUUGUACCUUUGAGGCUAAGCUGGAUUCCCUUCAGAGACAUAUGGAGGAAGUAAAUCUAACAGACUUUCCUGCCUUCAGCAUCGUGGUGGAUGAGCUUAAACAGCAGUUUAAGGAAGAUCAGAAAAUCUUUGAUCCUGACAGGUAUCAGAUGGUGAUCGCUCGGCUACAGAAAGAUUUUGAGAGGCAUUUUAAGGACCUCAGGUUCAUUAAAAAGGACUUGGAACUUUUUGCAAAUCCAUUUAACUUUAAACCUGAAUAUGCACCUAUUUCCGUGAGAGUGGAGCUAACAAAGCUUCAGGCAAACACUGACCUGUGGAAUGAAUACAGAGUCAAAGACUUGGGACAGUUUUAUGCUGGAUUGUCUGGUGAAGCUUACCCAAUUAUCAAAGGGGUUGCCUAUAAGGUGGCAUCCUUGUUUGAUAGCAAUCAAAUCUGUGAUAAAGCUUUUUCGUAUUUAACUAGAAACCAGCACACACUGAGCCAGCCAUUGACGGAUGAGCAUCUCCAAGCGCUGUUUCGUGUUGCCACAACUGAAAUGGAUCCUCGUUGGGAUGAUCUUGUGAGAGAAAGAAAUGACUCUUAAGCUUUUAUAGUGCAACAUUGAAACAAGAAUUCAGUUUCAAGUGCAAAAAUCGGUCUGAUUUCCUUCACGUUUACGAAUUUUGGAUUGUUGGAAAGCAUUGAGCUUUUUACAAGAUGUCCAGAUCAGUAACAGUUCAAAUCUUUCUGACAGUUGCCUUUUUCCCAUCUCAUUUGGCAACAUGGGACUGAGACCUAAGAAUACCACCUUUUUAAAAACGUAGUUUAAUGGAAAAAGUCAUUGCCUUUUGCUUUUAUGGUAUAACUGAUUUCAGCAAGUUUAGUAUUAAUAAUGUGAGUUGAAUUAGAAGUCUGGUUUUAAGAUGUUCUGAAGAUAUAUACCAAAAAUAUUAUCUUUUAUUUUAACAAAGUGUAAAAAUUGUGAUAAUUUUAAAUUACCAAUUCCUUAAAAGUGUACUUGAGUCAAUUUACAGAAACUCACAUGCCAAGUUUAUUAAGUGUCUGAAAAGGAACAGCGUAUAUGCUCAGUGGAGGUAUUUUGUCUAGCUAAAAAUGUUUAAGACUAUUUUUUUUAAAACAUCUUUUUGAGUCUGAAGUAAAUCUUGGCAAAUUUCCUCCUCCUGCCCUUCCCCUCCCACCCUUCCUAGUAACAGUGAUAUUACAGUUGGAGGGAGUGAUCAGAAUUGUAGUUGGAGAAGCAAGAAUGAUUUUAAGUUACUGAUUUAAGAGGCUUCUCACAAUUUGGAAUUAAAAAUAACCAAUUUUGGGUGGUUUCCCCUGAAUUUAUCACAACUAGGGGCUAUUUUCAGCUUGUCUAUCAAAGGACCAUGGUAAGUAUAGAAUCUGAACCAUUGCCAGUUAGUAAUUCUUUAUUUUUACUCUAGACAGAACUUUGGCCCUAUCAAAACAUGAGGAAAUAAGACUUCAGGAUCAGGAGUUGUGAGAAGUUUUAGCUUAUUUGUCUUAGCUGCAUGGGUAUUAAUGUUUUAUAAACAAACUCUGCUCAAGAGAAACACUUUAUUUUGAAUUGAUAAUGUUGGGUUUCAUUAGCUGCUGAAAAUGGAUCUACUCCAGAAUUUAGAUCUGUCCACAUUAAGACAGUGCAUAAAUAGAAACAUUUAUAUCUCAAGAAGCAGCCUUAAUUCACAGGCUGUAGUAAUUCUUUAUUUCAAAUGACACAUUGGUUUUGUGCUGUACCACUUACUAUCAGACAUAACUGAAAAAUCUUAUGGUAAAGCUCAACAUGUAAAACUGAUUUAAAAGCAGCACCCGACUUGUAACUUCAUCCUCAAGUAUAGUUUGAAAACCGUUGUGCUAUUAAGUUCUGUCUUAAGUAUUGUAGCACUUUAUUCUGUUGUAAAUUCAAGGAACCAGAUUACAGCCAAGAAUUUAGAAGGAACUGAUGCCUAAGCAAUCUAAAUAGAUGCCACACGAGCCUAAGAACCAAGGUGGGUCAGUAGUUCUUAACCAAAGGUAGCAACCCUUCCUUCCAGAGGCUGCUGGGAAAUGUGUAGGGGCACCUUUGUGGUUAUCACAUUUUCUGGAGGGUUCUGCUGGCAUCUAAGCCUGAGACUUUUCCCUCCUACUGUGCACAGGACAGCUGGCUCCUUGAGGAAUUAUCCCUCCCAAAGUGCCAGCAAAUCCCUCCCCCCUAUAUACAUUAUCUUAUUUCAAGAUAAGGGACAGGGAAAAUUACCAGUAGAAGCUGAUGGUAUAUUUGAUAGGGAAGCCUAAUUCCAGCAUUUCUGAGAAGAAAAGCAGGUGUUAUAUAUUGACAAGAUAACAGAUUGACAUUUUGAUUGUCAGAGAAUAAGCUUAAGUAUCUGGAAAAAGGAUAGUGAAAAACAAACAAAAAUAAUCUGCUGGUAAUUUCCCUGGAGCUUUGUGUAUGGCUUUCACAGCAAAUGCUUUUAUUACUUGAGAGAAAGAUUAGAAAACGGAAAGCUGCUGCUGCCUUCUAGUCCCAGUUCCCUAAAUAUUAGUAUCUUGUACAUUUUAUCAAGUUCUCGUGUUUUGCUUAAGGUGAUAAUAAAAUUAGUUUGCAUCAUGUAGCCACUAAGUGAGUGUGGGGAGAUAUAAAUAAGCCAAGGAUUUUUUUUAAAAAUUGACCCUCAGCAAUAGAAAGCUUGCUGUAACUAGUCUCAUUUUUUUUUUAAUGUGUUUUACUGUUUUCUGUACUAACAGUAGCUGCAUGGCAGUCUUUUUUUUUUUUUUUUUUUU